AUGGCUUUAGGGUCUUACCUCAGUGUGACCUUACUUCUGUCAGUGCUUGCAGCUGCAAAAUGUGACAUUCCUAAUGGUGUGUACCCCAUCACUGAGCAGUAUGCAGCUGAGUGUGGCUACACUGUCAGUGUUUUCCCUCAGCCGGGUCAUGUGGAGCUCCGAGCCUCUUACUUCAGCUGUCACACUGACAACAAAGAUGAUGAAGUGUUCACAUUCAACUUCAACCUGGUAGCAACUCAUGAUGGACAGAAGGAAACCUAUGCUUUGAACAAGACCUGCUCUCCCUCUCUCCCCUGGUCUCCUAAAGAGUCUACCUGUGAGGUCAACUACAUGGAGGUAUCUGUGAGGAGUGAAAUCACCUGUCCAUCUGAGACAAAGGAUGACUUGAGUGCACUUAAACUGGCACAUAGCUCCACCACAUCAGAUUGGCAGGUGAUGUUCCUUAUAGAAGGUGAGCAGUCGCUGCCAAGGAACCUCUCUGAAGCUCGCAAGCAGGGCUAUUUGUUCGACCUGACGGAUGGAAGGCUUGUGUUUCGUGCACCGUAUGGACAACCAGACUCAUACAGCACUAUGAUGAAUGGCGUGCCAGUAGAGGUGGUCUAUGCAACUCUGUUCUCCAGACAAAACUGGGUUGUCCUCAUGGUCGACCUUGUGGCUACUUGCUCCCUGCACAAAGGGUUGUAUGAUGACAGCGGUUACAUGGUCUGGGGCAUUCCUAUGUCACCAUCUCCCAGUUUUCACAACACAAAUGUCCGUAUUGGCCUGAACGGUGAACUUCUGGAGCAGUCUGCUGCAGAGGAGAGAGGCUACAUUAUGGAGACGUACAACAGCACCAUCCAUAUCAGCAUCCCCAAUAAUGCUGAAGGAGGAUACAGGAAGAGCUUUGUGACUGCUGACCUCCAUGAGUUCUAUAUGUUUAAUCUUUACUUGGAACAAAUAUUGGUGGCUGACAAUAAUGUGGAGGCCCGACUCGGCUUUCACAGGAUGCUGACCACUCCUCUUCUGCCACGCCCUGUUUUUACUGAAAACAGAACAGUGGUUGGGGAACAUAUGUUCACGGUCUACCUUGGAGAUGUCCCUGAAGAUGUCGAGCUAGUUGCUGUUCAGCUCAACGGACAUGACUUUGCACUGCCAUUUUCAAAUACAAGCACCUACACCAUCUCAACAGUGGCUCAACCAAACAACACCCACAGCUACACUCUGAAGGUGCCUUUUGACGAUCCUGUCAUCAUGCAGCAGUUCUCCAAAGAAGAUGCAGCUAUGCAGCAUCAGUUGAAUAUUAACUACACACUGACUGUUCAGCCUGAAAAUGAUCCUUAUUACCACUUCACAUCAGUCACUGCAUUAACAGACGUCUCUCCUCCAACCUUUGACACGGUCUGUUCUGAGUCUGGGAUCAGCUUUAGACUGGACCGCCGACCUUCUGACCACCUGUGGGACAUCAGCAUCGGCUCUGACCUUCUGACACCAGAACUGGCAAAGCAGCGUGGCUACAUCAUGAGCAAUGAUAGCCAGAGUCUGCUGCUUGAAGUACCACUCUUCACUGAAGGCUAUGAGUACAAAGAAUUCACUCUGAAAGGAUUCUUUGGCACUUUUGAGAUCCUUGUGCGGGAUCAUGGAACAGCCGAGGUCCAGAGUUCUGCUGCCAAGACUUGUCCAUUCUCGACUACUGAACUCAUUGUGUGUUCAACUGACGGGAGGAUGACUGUGGUGGCUGACUUGUCUCUGGCCAUCCCAAGUGGAGAGAUCCCUGCUAGAGUCAACCUCAUAGACAAAUACUGUGGACCCAAAGAGGUCAACGGUACCAGGGCACUCUUCUCUUUCCCACUCAACACUUGUGGAUCCAUAGUCACGUUUGACAAGGAAAAUGUGAAAUAUCAAAAUGAGAUUUUCUACAGCAAGGAGUUCCUCAAUAUGAGCAAGCAAGUUUCUGGCAAUGCUACAGAGAGAGUGAUUGUACAGUGUACAUAUCCUCUGGCUGGGCUCAAUCGUCUCUUCAAGGUGUACAGGUUUGAGUCUGACAUAACUGGUAUUGGCCACAUCAUCCACAAUACGCACUCUACAGAAGGUUUGCAGAGUCCUACCAUCAAGCCCACUGCAGCAGUUGAAACUACAUCUGCUACUGCUACCACAAAACGUUUCAUAAAGCGGCCUGCUUUCCACCCACCUGCUCACUACAUCAGAGUGUAUGGAGUUUAUAAUUCCCCUUUUGGCCUCGGAAAAAGAGCUAAACGAUCUUCACAAUCUAAAGUAAAUGUUGGCAUAAUGUGAAGGGAGUCUUUCAAGUUUAAGUGAUUUUUGAAGUCAAUAAAACU